AUGUCAACAAUCGCCACCCCCCGAGACCCCUCCGGGCCACUGCGCCGCACCAACUCCUCCAUAACCCCCACCUCCUCUUCCCGACCCAGCCUCGAUAACUCCACCGCCGGCUCUCCCAACCCCAACUCCAACCCAACCUUCAACUCAAAAGACACAUCAUCCUCCUCAUCGACCGCCCCCCAAUCCAAACGCGCCAGCCGCGCCGCCCUCCGCGAGUACUACAACCUCCGCAACAACCCCUCCACACCCCCCCUCCCCCCAACCGUCGAAAUCACCGACCCUCCAACCAGCCCCAACCCCGAAACUGGGGCAACUACAAUACUAAACCCAUCGACCUCCGAACUCGACACCCCAACCUUCGACGCCCCCACCUACGUGUCCCACCUCCUCCGCACCAGUUCCCUCGCCGAAUUGUUACGCACAUAUACCCGUGUAUUGGGCGAGAUGCGGGCGCUGGACGCGGAGCGCAAGGCGUUGGUGUAUGAUAAUUAUAGUAAGCUGAUUGCGGCUACGGAGACAAUUCGGCGGAUGAGGGCUGCUGGUUCUGCGGGGGAUACGAACACAAGCAGCGGGGGGGGGGGAACGUUGGAGGGGGUGGUGGAGGGGAUUUAUAAACGGGCGGCUGCGUUGAGGGAGGAGUUGAGGGCUGAGGUGGAGAGGGUGGAAGCGGCGAAAAAGGAGGAGAGUGAUGAGGAGAAACGGAAGAGAGAAAAGGUUGAGCGGACGAGGGAGUUGGCCAGGGAGGUGCUGCAGGUGCCGGAGCGGUUGAGGCGGUUGAUGGAUGAGGGGAAGGUGGACGAGGCCAAGACGGAGUGGGAGGCGCCGAGGAGGUUGUUGGUAAGGUGGAGGGAACUGGGGGUUGGGGGGGAUGAUGUGGGCGUGUUGAUGGAUGAGGGGGAUGCUAUACUGCGGGAUGGGCGGUCGAGUGGGGAGAGUGAGAGUGGGAGGAGUCCUAGUUGA